AUGCAUUAUACGCACACGCACGAUCCAAAUCGACGACAGAUGAGUUGUCCCAUUCUGAAAAUAUUCAAGCCUGCAUCUUUUGCAACAAAAAUGGAAGCAUACGGCAUACGUAUUGUUGAUAUUAACGGAGUUUCAAUUUUAACACAUGAAGAAAUAUUCUUAACCCGUUUUCCGAGAGAUUUACCCAGGGAUAUUUAG